GAAAAUAUCGAGGCUGCUAGAAACGAAAAUUAGCACAUCGCCGUUUUAAUUUUUCGAUUUGUGGGGUUGGGUUGGGGUUAAUGAUUAAUUGAAGCUUUAAACAUUUUCCAAGAACCUUAUAUUCUCCUAUGAAUAAAGCAGUUUGUGCAGUGAGUUAUUUCGCAUAAUCGUUGGUGAGGUAAGGUUAAGCACACUCUUCAGGAUGGAUCGGAAGAAGUCUGUGACGACGCGGAUCCACCAGCCGCCGGCGCCGCCCUGUUGGUUCCGCACCGUCUUCUACCUGUCGUUCGGCGCCUGGGUGCUGCUGCAGGCCGCCACCGAGUACUACACCACUAGAUGCCUCCACAUCUACACCCAUCUACCCAUCUUCGAGAAGGAGAAACAGGUGACGGCGGCCUUCCUCAACAUCGUGUCGGUGGGAAUUCUGACGGUGUUUUUGGUGCUGUCGUUCAUUUACGGCAUCUGCACCGUGAGCAAGCUGAUCGUGCUCUCCAGCUCGGCGUUUCUGUCCACGCUGCUCAUCCUCAACAUCCUGGCCGUCGGGAUUCUGAUGUCGAGUCACUUUGGCCUGGACAUCGGUCCGCUGGCCAGAAACAAGCGCGUGCUGACCAUCUACCACAAGAACGUCUCGAAGGAGUACUGGCGGGGCGAGAUACGCGCCUGGGCCGCCUACUACCCGCUGCCGGCGGGCGGCGGCAGCACUACGGCCGGCCCGUCCGCUCCGAGCCUGCCCAGCACGGCCGGUCCCACCGGCACACCGUCCUCCCGGGCCGACGGCGACCCCACGCCGCAGCCGGCGGCCAACGACACCGCCCCGGCGGCCGGCGGUAACGGCACCGACACCACUGGCGGCCCGUCGACCGGCGCGCCGGCCGUCGACGACCUGGGACGGCGCAGCGCCUGGGUGGAGAGCCGCGCGCUGCACCAGCUGCGCUUCUUCCAGCACCGCGCCUUCUGCUGCGGCAUCGAGGGGCCGGCCGACUACGAGCUGCUGAACGCGCAAACGCCGCCCAGCUGCGUCUGCCGCGACGAGGGCCACCAGUACGGCCAGCACGUGCGGCCGCCGUGCACGGCGCGCGCGCACACGCUGGCUAACGGCACGGUGAGCGCCGUGUGGCGCACCGGCUGUCUGCAGGUGAAGCGCGAGCUGAUGGACGGCCUGGUGAGCCUGCGCGACAUGCUGGCCGCCACGGUGGCGCUCCAGGCGGCCGUCAUGGCGCUGGGCCUGGUGCUCGGUCUGAACAUGCCCAGCAGUCUGUCGGACGACUCGGAUGACGAGGGAGGCGACUAUUAGACGGCCACCGACGCCGGGUACUGCGGCACAGGUGAAACUGGGUGCAAUGAGCAGAUUCGGUGGAUAACACAGGCAGAUGAGGCUUCAUUGCAGCGAUAUAGAAGGAAACUGUAAAGAGGCCAGCGAAGUGAAACAUGGUGUUGGUGUUGGAAGCAAAUAGGUAUUAGGAUAUCGACUGUCGGCGAUGACCGCAGAUGCCAGGUAUUGCCCGUAGAAUCUGUGGCACUGCGUAGCGCUGGAGGUCGGGAGAGCGACAACUAAAUCCAGAAGCGGGCCAGCGGCCAAAGACCGGUCCGUCAACAGCGGGCGAUACUACCUGGCCACCUCCGACAGAUACGAGUCGGCCACAGCCGGCGGUGACGAAACGACGACCUCCACGACUUAUAUAGCCAGCGGAGGGCGAUUUGGCGAUGUCCAGAAGCUAGUCGAUUGCUGACAGCUAGAUAACUGUGAGACCGAGAAGAGAAAAACUGGUGUAAAUAAAAUAUAUUUACUAUGCGAUA